AUGAGGGCGGCCAUCAUCGCCGGGGCGCGCUCGAAAAACAACCAUCUCUUGGAUCUACAAGACAACAACAACAAUAGGAACAAGAACAACUCCAACUCCAACCAAGACGUCAACGCCAACUCCAACUCGAGUCUCAAUGCCACUCCCACCCCGACUCGCCCUCGUCUCCGGCCUCCCUCUACAAAGCCCCUCCGUCCACCACUGCUCUCGCGCGACCACAAUGCCAUGAUGCGAGCGUCAACACAGAAGGGAUCCGCACCGUUAACAGCAAAGAGCGGGAAUGCCAAUGCCAACACCAAUAUGCCCCCUUACGAUCAUAAACAUAAUGCUUCUCGCCCGCUCAUGCCCACCCUCAGUGCCUCGGCCAAGGUAUCCCACCGACCUGCAAUAACUCCCCGCGUCGCUGGCUCUGCGCCGUCUCCGAAUCCAAAUACGCAUACAACACCAUUACCUUUAUCACGAAGACAACCGCGUGCGGGUGCAGGUGCGGGUGGAGAUAGUGGUACGCCGACUACACCAGCAUCGAAGGAGGACCUCUCUACCCCCAUUUCCGCAUUCCUCAAUAACAACAUUACGCCGCGGUCAGGUUCUAGAAAGAGUCGAGUUGACAGCGUAAAUACGACGCCCACGGGCACCCCCAAUGGAACUUCCGCCCCACUAUCAGUAAAUGAAUCACCGGGAGUCCUCCACGAUACUCCAUCCCAUGGACCUGGAUUGGGUAUUUCUGGCAUGGACAAAGACUUGCCAAAACGCCCAACUGUCUCUUUCAAUACUGCGGCGUCUGAGGUGGGAGGAUAUCCCAGGAACUCCACGUCAUCUACAACUGCAAGUUCGAAGUUCUUCUUUGCAAGUGAUGCAAAAGCAGCACCACCACCAAGACCUGUUCUUCAGUCUAAAACAUCGUCAAACUUCUUCUAUGCGAACGGAGAAUCCAUUCCAUCUCCGCCCCAGAGCUCCAGUGCGUCUGCAGUUGGGUCUAGUGUUGCAGAAGAGCGUGGUCAGCCCAAAUUUUUCCAUGCUAAUGGUACUCCGGAUCUUCAACUCUCCCCUUCGCCAUAUUUCGCCCCUCCUCGGCCCAGCUCUACAGUCUCAUCGUCCUCACGGGUAACAACAGCCCGUGCACCAACCUCUAGUCCUGGUACAUUGUCGCCGCCUCAGAGACCCCUCUCUCCGUCAAAACUCAGUCAACAAGCCUCUAUUGCCUCUUUACGGAACACCCCGCCAUUACCAUCUCCGGUCCUCCCUCGACCGCAAACUGGUGGGCGAGGUCAGCCUCCAAAUAGCUUGGUUGCAGCACGGAGAUCUAGCAUCGAGGUUACUCCUAGGGUGUCUAGUCAUGGGCGGUCCGCAAGCACGGGUUCGACAGGAUCAUCGCUCAGGAAGGUCUCUGGUGCGAGCUCGGUGGAGGUUGGACCGCCAUCGACUCCAUUAAAUCUAACUACGGCUGAACUUGUCUCUACGCCCGAAGAACCGCUCGAGGCAGAAUCUGACGAUGCUAUUUCCUCGGUGCUCCCUCAAAGUCCCAUCAAAAGCGGGCAUUCGCUUGAGCAGCUAAAUGAACUUGCCGCAAACGCAAGACGAGAACGAAAGGUUCUUGAUCUCGAAAUCACCAAUUCCUCACUAGCAGCCAUUAAUCGAACUUUGGAGCGGGAGAUGCGGAAACAGACUGCUGAACUACGUCGAUAUCGGAGAUUAAGCAGAUCAGGCCGGCUAUCUAUUGCUACCACAACCUCGCUACGUAGCUCAACCGGUACGCUCUCUAGUAUAGGCGCCGAUGGUGAGGGCAUAAUGCUUUCAGAUAUGAGCGAAGAGGAGGAGGAUGAGUCAGAAAUAUCGGAUGAUGAGACCGACUCCAUGGACGACGGGUCGCUCAGUCCGGCCGCCAUGGCGGAAAGCGAUCUAAGGCACCGGAGAAAAGAUGAAAAGAGAUUACAGCUGGACCUAAGCAAGCAUCAGCAGUUGCUUAUCGAUAGUCAGAAGAUGAAUCAAGGCUUAAAGCGUUGUUUAGACUGGACGGAGGCGCUCAUAAGUGAAGGGAGGAAAGCCCUAGAAUAUCAUGUCAGGGUUAGUGAUGUGGAACUUGGAGGGCGGGUUCUCGCGCCGGACGAAGUAGAGGAGCCAAUGGAUAAUGAAGGAUUGAGCGACAUUGGCGCGGAGCUUUUAAGAGAAGCUAGGAUGACUGUCCCAAAUAAGAUCGUGCCUUGGGGUGGUGACCGGCGGGACGAUAGGGACAGUGGAAUCGUGCUUGAGGGGGCGCAGAGAGAGGCAGUUGCGACCUCGACUGUGGCGCCUAAACCACCAGCACCGCCGCAAUAG